AUUCACGCACGUAAUGACAUGCGCACAAGCGUGCGUUUGCAUCCGCCAUCUUUGUUUUUCACCUGGGUACACGUGAGAGCUUUCCUGUGCACGAAAAUGUUCCUGUAUUACUACCUAGGGGACGGUGGGGAGAGGGUGUACACUCUGAAGAAGGUGGAUCCACAUGGGAAACCAACAUUGUCUGCACAUCCAGCCCGGUUCUCACCAGAUGACAAGUACUCCAGACACAGGAUCACCAUCAAGAAGAGGUUUGGUCUGCUCCUCACACAACAAGCCAAACCAGUCAUGUGAUCUACAUCAGCCAAUCAACUCCCACAGAUCACUCUGCUGAAGGCCAUUCCAAUCAUGUGACCCACAACAACCAAUCAACGUCUCCCAUUCAUCUCAACUCUGCUGGUGUCCAGACCAUGUGAUCUAGCAGCUUGUUCAUCCAACAGAAGAUGAAGAAUCAAGGCUCACCUCGGUUUCUUCACUUACAAAAUUUAAACUGAAACACCUGCUUCAGUAUUAGACUCAGUAGUGACUUUGUGAACAAGACCACUGUACCAGAACCAAUCCUUGAAGAAACUCGUACACAAGUAUGUUUUACCGUUGGUUGCCCUGAUGUUCAGUGGAAAAACAUGUCAUGACUUGAUACUUUUUAGAAUUUUGGUAGAUCUUAAGACUUUUGUACCAAAUGCUUUCACAAUCACGAGGAUUUGAGAGAGCUAUUUCUAACAGCAAGGAGCACAGUUUAAAGUUCCUUGGUUACAGAUAUGUAACAGAACCAUUCAAGUUAUCAUAUAAAGCAUCACAUUCAUUUAUAGUUCUUGACCUGUACGUAGAUACUAGACAUUCACUAUACAGUCUAGUGGUAGAGUAUGGUUUUAAUCUAUUUUUAUUGCUAUGUACAUGUACUUAAUUCUUGAACAGUCCCCUUAUGUGUACUAUGCCUAUCAUUUGGAGACAACCAACAGUCAUAUAGGUCUACCUGGAGAUGUCCUAUAUGUCUUAAUCAUUUUGGAAGAAGGAAUUUUGUGAAUACUUGGGUAUUUAUUGUUGUAUCCUUCAUAACAAUGCAAUAAAAUACCAUAUGUGGACAAUGA